AUGUCCAACUCCAAGCUUGCGCGUGGGAUCAAUAUUGCGCUUACCACAACAGCCACAUCCACGAGCACAGCAUCCUUGUCGGCCAGCACAGUCUUCAACAAGCACGCGGAUGGGACCGCCAGAGCUCAAACGCUCUUAGUUGAUACCCAUCAUUCAGCAAGGACCGACAAUGCCACCAUUUUUGCGCUAGAAUCCAGUAUUGAAUAUUCAAAUCAAGCCUCUCUUGAGAGACUUUCCUUAGGUUGUCCUCCUCUACAAACAGAAGCUUGUGCGAGAUAUUUGGAGGUUCAGAGUCGUAUUGCUCCCAGUGUUCCACUAGGCGAUAUCUUUGGAGAAUAUUUAUUUCCCCGGAUUGUUCGAAUUUGA